GACAGUGCCAUCAGACUGGGGUAAGUCACUUAUUAUACCGAUAUUCAAGAAGGGAAACAAGUCCUCGUGUGAUAAUCAUAGGGGGAUCAGCCUAACGAACAUAGUCUCUAAAAUCCUAGGCUCAGUAAUCAUGCAUAGACUAAGCAGAACUCGGGAGGAACAGACAAGGGAAAAUCAAGCAGGCUUUAGACCAGGUAGAGGGUGCAUAGAUCAUAUCUUCACUCUUCGACAGAUUCUAGAACAUAGACACACUUUUCGGCGUCCAACAAUUGUCAUAUUUCUUGACUUGAAGGCGGCCUUCGACUCCGUGGAUCGAAAGGUACUAUGGCAAUGUCUGACUGUGAAGGGAGUGCCAAGAAAGUACAUUGCACUAAUCAAGGCACUCUAUUCAAACUCACGUAGUCGUGUAAGGGCUUAUGGGGAAUUGUCAUCUGAAUUGGUAACAACCAGUGGUGUCCGACAGGGAUGUCCACUUUCCCCAUUUCUGUUUAACUUCAUCAUAGAUAUGCUGAUGGAAGUAUCCUUAACUGAACGUAACGACUUAGGAAUCGACUUGUUACCAGGGAAAAAAGUCUUAUGGACUUAGAAUAUGCAGAUGACAUAGUCCUGUUAGGGGAGGAUGCUGACAAAAUGCAGAGUCUUCUGAACACCUUGAGCAGCAAUCUUCGUAUGUUUGGCAUGCGAUUCGCCCCUGCAAAAUGUAAGAUGCUGCUACAGGACUGGACUACGUCAACUCCUAGCUUAGUGAUAGGGAGUGAAGUGAUAGAACAUGUUGACCACUUCACCUAUUUGGGAAGUUGUAUUAGCACCAACGGACUGAUUGGCGAUGAAAUCUCAGCACGGAUCCGAAAAGCUCGAGCUGCUUUCGCUGACUUACACCAUCUCUGGCGUAGGCGUGACAUCCGGCCAUCAACCAAGGGACGUGUGUACUGCUCAUCAGUUCGCUCCGUCCUUCUCUAUGGCUCUGAAACAUGGCCAAUACG